UUUCUUUUUUUAGCUGUUGCAGUGAAUUCCAAGCUCCAGUAUGCCAUUGUUGAAGUGCAAUCACCUUCACCUGAUGUUACUUCAUCUUCUGAAGAUGGAAAGAAGAGAAUUGGUAGUGUUUUGAAAGGCUCUAAGAUACCAUUUUUCAUUGUUGCACUUGACCUUUUGUCAACACUGGAAUCCAAAUGGAAUGUGAAACUUGCUGUUAAGAAAACAGUUUUCGGUUCAGAUCUUGAAAAUUGCAGAUAUGCACAUCCAAUAAAUGGGGAAGAAUGUCCAGUUGUGAUUGGAGGAGAUUACAUCACAACAGAAUCAGGAACAGGACUUGUCCAUACUGCCCCUGGACAUGGACAAGAUGAUUAUAUAACAGGAUUAAAAUACAAUUUGCCAAUAAUAUCCCCAGUAGACGAUGAAGGAAAAUUCACUGAAGAAGCUGGAAUCUUUAAAGGGCUUGAUGUGUUAGGAGAUGGGAAUGCUGUUGUAAUUGAUCACUUGGAUCAACUUUCAUCAAUUAUCAUGGUGGAACCUUACAAGCAUAAGUAUCCUUAUGAUUGGAGGACAAAAAAGCCUACGAUUUUUAGGGCAACUGCACAAUGGUUUGCAUCUGUUGAAGGAUUCAGAGAGGCUGCUAUGGAUGCCAUUAGUCAAGUAGUAUGGACUCCAUCUCAGGGGGUAGUGAUGGGAUUGCAAAUACCAACUCGGUUUGAGUUCUAUUUUGCAUCCAUCUCUGAUUUGAGUUCACCUCUUCAACGACUGAAGAAUCCAUCUCUUCAUUUUAAUCCAUCGCAGCUCCCUGUGACACACUUACCAACUCGGUUCACCUCUUUGCUUGGUUUAGAUUUUGUUGAUGUCAUAGCUAAACUAAUUAUGUUCUCUUUCUCCUUCUCCAUUUACAGAAUCAAUGAUGGGUUUGGGGAAAACCCUGUAAAACAGCCAUUUGAAUGUGAUGAUUAG